AUGGAAAGCCGCUAUGCCAGUAUCUCCUUCGACGACUUUCAAAUAGAGAUCUCCUCUCUCGAACACACGGGCCUAGCGCAAGGGUCCCCGCUGUCCCCCAUCUUAUUUAGGUUUUUUAACUCUGACCUGGUUGACCAGCCUGUCGACUACUACGGAGGCGCGUCAGCUUUCAUCGAUAACUACUUUCGAUGGCGAGCUGGUCCCUCCGCAGAAGAUAAUGUCAGAAAGAUCCAGGAAGAGGAUAUACUGCGCAUUAAGGUGAACAUUGCCCUUGGGGGACUGAGGCAUCUCCGCCUAGAGCAGAUGCGACAACUCUACCAAGUAUGCGUAACACCAAUUGUGGAUUAUGCAUCCACCGUCUGGCACAACCCGUUGAAGGAUAAGGUCUACCUGCGGACGCUAG